GCGGGUCAGAGAAUACAGACUCAAAUAGAAACUAAGUCGCGAACUUUUCCGUUUUGUGUAAACAGUGGGACCAAUGGCUUAGGUGCAACAGGGUCACAUGGUAAUGACACACCUGUCCAGGGCCUAUAGCGGCGCCAGGCACACGAGCAGCACAGGUAGAGCAGAGCACAAUAUUCCACGCUGCGUAGGCUAUAGGGCGCAGGUACGUGUGCACACACACCCGUUGGAUAGCCCUGGCCCUCGGCAGUCAUGAAUCGAGAAGAGCACUACUAUUCUCCCGCGCAGCUGUUCAAGAACUCCUGCGCCUACCAGAGUCCACACAGCGAGGACUACUGCCACAGCCCUCCGCCCUGCCUCUACAUGGCCCGGCAGGCUCAGUCCGUCUACUCCUCGCCCUCCAUCGGAGGGCUAGACCAGGCGAGUCUCCCUGACAUUGCUCCUUACAGUAUUCCCAUGCGAGAGGACCCGGGUGUGCCGCAGCUCCACCACCCCCAGGCACCCCAGCAGACUCUCCAGCCAGGGGGUUACGAAUACCCGGGGGGGUUGGCUCUGUGUGCCGAUAGGAACAAAUAUCACCUGCCUUUCCCCUGGAUGAAAACAACCAAGUCUCACGCGCACACCUGGAAGGGACAGUGGGCAGGCCCCUACAUGGUGGAGGCGGAGGAGAACAAGCGGACAAGGACGGCCUACACGCGAGCACAGCUCCUGGAGCUGGAGAAGGAGUUCCUGUUCAACAAGUACAUCAGCAGGCCGCGGCGUGUCGAGCUGGCCCUCACCCUCAGCCUCACAGAGAGACACAUCAAGAUCUGGUUCCAGAACCGACGAAUGAAGUGGAAAAAGGAGGAGGACAAGAAGAGAGUGAGGGGGGUCGACCCCGAGCAGGACUCGUCCAUUACGUCAGGAGACUUGAAGGAUGAGGCAGGGGUGGGAGUCGGGGGGGCAGGACAUCCCACCACCACGACACCCCCCUCACCCUUAAACGCCCACUCCAUGUUAGGUUCUAGAGACUCGGCCUAGCAGGGCUGAUAUGGAUGGAUGAAAACUGGACAGACACUGAGGAAAGGGGACGCUCUUAGGCUGCGUUAAGACAGGCAGCCGAAUUCUGAUAUUUGUUCACUAAUUGGUCUUUUGAUCAAUCAGAUCAGCUCUGAAAAAGAUCUGAUGUGAUUGGUCGAAAGACCAAUUAGCGGAAAAAAUAUCAGAAUUCGGCUGCCUGUGUGAUCGCAGCCUCAGUCAAACAGACUCGGUUGGUAUUAUUCAUGUGCAUUAUCGGUGGUGUCAGAUUGAAGAGAGGUGAAAAGCGAGGACUGCAGGUUCAUUGUCUGCAAUAUCAUCAUUCUGCGACUGAACUCUAACCUCAUGUUGUCGUGCUGAGGACAUGCGGGUUAUGCACUGAUGAUGACAGUUGGCAUUGGACAUACGUGUACAGACCCACUGCUCUGGUCUGCAGCCUCUAGUUGCGUUGCCAGAAGAGGGCAGCACCCAUUGCCUGGAGAGACAGUUUUGAUACAGACCACACAACUCGGUUGAGAGCUACGUCGGGCAUCUGGCCUACUUUGAUUGCUUUACUAAAAUCAAUGCACUUCAGAUACUUUCUCUGAAAAUGUUGGCAGUGUACAACCAAGUUUAAUUUAUGUAUGUAAAUAUAUGCAGUCUAUGCACGGGACAUGAUUCUGUCAAUAUUGACAAUGCUGAUGCAUUUUCUGAUAAAUUGUUAUAUGACAAAAAUGAGUCAAUCACACCAAUUAUAUAGCCUAUUUAUGUGCUUAAUGUUAUCACAUCGUUGAUGUCUUAAUGAUAGGCACUGUGAAUAAUGUACUGUAUUUUUAAUUCUUUAUUAAACUAUAAAGUUCAAGUUUGAAAUCAGAAUAAAGUCAAAUGAAGCAUC